AUGUGUCAUGUCAUUGUAACGUGCCGGUCUAUGCUAUGGACUCUCCUGAGUAUCGUGGUCGCUUUCGCAGAGCUCAUUGCCUUCAUGAGCGCAGACUGGUUGAUUGGCAAGGCGAAGCCUUCAAGCUCAGAUGAUGUGGACAACAGAACAGGGGGAUCACAGGAGCCUUACCAUCCGACCCUGGGCAUCUACGGGCGCUGCACCAGGAUCCCCCAAAUGCAGUUUACUAGGCGAGACACACUCUGUGGUCCCUAUGCUGAAAACUUCAACGAGAUAGCCAGUGGGUUCUGGCAGGCGACCGCUAUCUUCCUAGCCAUGGGAAUUGUGAUUCUCUGUACCGUGGCAUUUGUGUCUGUCUUUACUAUGUGUGUGCAGAGUAUUAUGAAGAAAAGCAUUUUUAAUGUCUGUGGGCUGCUACAAGGGAUUGCAGGGCUCUUCCUUAUCUUAGGCUUGAUACUUUACCCUGCAGGUUGGGGAUGCCAGAAGGCAAUAAACUAUUGUGGACCUUAUGCUUCUGCUUACAAACUAGGAGACUGCUCCUUGGGCUGGGCUUUCUACACAGCCAUUGGUGGCACCUGUCUGACGUUCAUCUGUGCAGUCUUGUCGGCGCAAGCUGAAAUAGCCACAUCCAGUGACAAAGUGCAAGAAGAAAUAGAAGAAGGAAAAAACCUUAUCUGCCUCCUUUAACUCCAGUGGGGAAAAAAAUCACCAGUGCCUGGAUCUUUGUCUGCUUUCCAUUGACUGGACAAGCAGAUCCACUUACCUGUUCUUACCAUUUGUGUGAUUGAGCCCCAUGCAUUCCAGCCCCGAACUACUGAAAGGGUCUUUUUCCUUGCUGGGCAAUGAGGAUCAGAGAAAAGAUCGCAAGAAAGCAGAAUGUAAAUACUUGGGGAUAUUUUUUAGUUUCAUUCUGUGAUCAGGACACAGUGGAAUAUACUAAUCUGACUGGGG